AUGUUCGAAGCGUAUGCGCAAACGGAGAUAGCUACCAGACUAGAGAAAUCAAUUGAUGUAUCAUCAUUGGUUGCUCAUGGUCAUGCCGCUAAAGUUUAUGUUGGAAGUAAAGCCGGUUAUUUGUUGGCAUUAAAUGGAAUUCGUGAAGGUAAGCGUGGAUACGAUUUGUCGAUAUGCCGUUCUUUCGAAAAGAAGGCAGUAAAUGAAUUAUGUUGCAUUGAAAGGCAUGACAUACUACUAUGUUUAACUGAUUCACAGCUUGCCGCGCAUGGUCUUUCCCAUCCAUUUGCCCUAAAAGCACUUAUUUCCGAUGUUAGGCCCAUAUCUGCUUUUUGCGCCGGUGUAUCAGAGGUUGAUGGAAUGUUAUAUGUAGCUGUAAGUGCAAGGAAAAAAAUAUUCCUUUAUAAAUGGCUUGUUGAUGAAUUUAUUAAGAUGAAUUUUGAAAUGUCAUUGGCCUUUUUUCCGGAUUCAGUGAACUAUAUGGUUUGGUGUGGUCCUAUUAUAUCAGUAGCCGUACAAAACGAAUAUUACUAUAUGACUGUCUUUCCGAUUAAGGAAGAUGUAGUGAAUGUGAAAAAAUUAUUUGAUGUUGGUUCGAGAACAGAAAAUCCAGUUAUUGUUGGAUUAUCUGAUUAUAAACAGAUUGCAUAUUGUCGUGAUAAUUUCUUAUUCUUUCAAGAAUAUUAUGGAACCGUUAGUCCGAUAUCAGAAAUGAAAUUUUCGGAUGCACCACUUAAUAUUGUAUAUGAUUCUCCAUAUUUGUUGGCACUCUUAGGAAGUGGGAAAGUUGAGAUACGAUCAGUGAAACCAACAACACACAUACAAACUAUACAACUUAAUAAAGCGAUGUACAUAUCCACCGGUUUGAGGGGGACAGUUUAUGUGGGAAGUAGUAGUGAUGUAUGGCUUUUAGAUUCUCGGCCACAAAUGAAAAGUAAUGUAGAAAAGUUGGUUAACGAAAAGCAAUUCGAACUAGCUGUUCAACUAGCGGAGAAAUGUAAUGAAAUAGGUGAUAAAGGUGUUGUGGAAAUCAAGCGCAGAGCAGCGUUCAAUUUAUUCUGUCAGAGAAGAUUCGAUGAAUGGUUGGAAAUUCAUGCUGAAAUCAAAACUGAUGUGAUAACUGUGAUAGCGCAUUUCCCACGACUAUUGGAUUCCAGUUAUCAAGAAUCAUUGAAGUCUUUACUUGAUGGGCAACCACCAGAUUUUCCUGAAAAUGAAUUUAGAAACGGAUUGCAGUCUUUGGCUCCAUAUCUUGCUUCUAUACGUAUGGAACAUGCCAAAGCAGUUAUUGAGCUUAAGAAACUUUAUCAGACACAUAUGCGAGACGCUGAUAUUAUAGAACGAUUGAAAAGUCAUGAAAAUGUUCUACAAGUAGUGGAUACCACAUUACUUAAGUGUUAUCUUCAGAGUAAUGAAAGCUUGGUAGCUUUGCUAUUACGUCUUCCAGACAAUAUGUGUAUAGUGGCUGAUUCAGAAAAAGUGUUACUGGAAUAUGAAAAAUAUAAUGAACUGUUUAUACUAUAUGAAAGGAAAGGUUUGCAUCGUAAAGCAUUAACUUUGCUGAUGGAGCAAGCUCAUAUAGAGGGAAGUCCACUACGAGGUUAUAAUAUGACCGUCGAAUAUCUGCAGAAAUUGGGAAACAAGCAUUUGCAUCUAAUAAUCGAGUUUGCUGCUUGGGUACUUCAAGAGAACCUCAAUGCUGGUCUUUCGAUUUUCACUUGCGAUAGUGCAGAAAUUCGUUCAUUGGAUCGAGGACAAGUCUUAACAUUUUUAACACAUGAAUGUACUGCUGCAGUGGUUCCAUAUCUAGAGCAUAUCAUCUAUAAUUGGAAUGAAGAUGCGCCUAAAUUUCAUGAAGCAUUGGGCCAGCAUUACAUUUCAAAGGUAAAACAAUUGCAGCGAGAUUAUAUCAGUAUACUUGGAGAAGAUGAGCAUGUUGCACCAGCUGGAGAAGAAGAAGGUGAACUUGGUGAAUAUAGAUGCAAACUUCAGCGUUUUUUGCAAACUUCAACUGCUUAUAGUCCAGAAAAAUUGCUUGUUCAAUUGCGUCAUAACUCGUUAUAUGAAGAAAGAGCAUUGUUAUUGGGACGAUUAAAAAGGCAUCAGCAAGCAUUAGCUAUUUAUACGCAAAUUUUAAAGAAUUAUAAAGCAGCUGAAAAAUACUGCAUGGAUUGUUAUGAACCAAAUGAUCCUGAACGUUCCAAGAUUUUUUUAAUUUUACUUCAAAUGUAUACAAAUCCACCGGAUACAUCUAUUGUUGGAUUAAUGCACAGUGAUCAUUGUCAAGCUAUACCGAAUCCAAAUGAAGCAGUUCGAAUCCUGAAAGAACACAGUGAUGUGUUUGAUCCAAUAGAAGCGUUAACUUCAUUACCUCUCGAUUAUACAUUAAAAAGUGUCUGGCCUGGUCUUGUUACUAUUCUACAAACGGCACAUAACAGGAAACAUACCAGUAUGAUUCAUAAAUCAGUAUGUGAUGCAGCAUUAAAACGUGCACUACGACGGAAAGCUCUAUCACAUUCUACGAAAUUUGUUAUAGACUAUGAAAUUGAUUGUGCUGCAUGUGGAAAAAGAAUUGCUAACAGUGCUUUCGCCCGAUAUCCGAAUGGUCGUUUGGAACAUUUUUAUUGUUAUCAAAGGAAGGAUGAAAAAUGA